AUGUCUUCUCACAAGACUUUCAGAAUCAAGCGAUUCCUGGCCAAGAAACAAAAGCAAAAUCAUCCUAUUCCCCAGUGGAUUCGGAUGAAAACUGGUAAUAAAAUCAGGUACAACUCCAAGAGGAGGCACUGGAGAACUAAGCUGGGUCUAUGA